AUGGUACUAGACAAGAAUCAAUCGAAGAAAAUUCUGUGUGUAGCUCAAAUAGUAAUGAGUUUAAUAUUUUUAUUAAUAGGUCUGAUAGUGUCGAUUAAGUAUAUGAAAGCGGAUUUUCUGGGAGUGCGAUUGAUAACGAUGGGGAUGUCAUUUGUUGUGACGGGUAUUAUUGGUGGUGCUGCAGGGUAUUUGAUGUCAGACAAUCAUCCGAAGAAGUAUGCUAUAAUAGUUGAAUGCUUUGCUGUGUUGAUGACCAUCAUUCUGAUUAUCACUUCCAUUCGUAUAGUCGUCAAAGUUUCUAAAGUCACUGAAAAGAGUUUCCAAUUAGCUUCGAUUGAAAGAAAUUUUGUUUGCUGCGGGUGGAAUCAUUACUACGACUGUAAUGCACAAGUCCCUCGUGGAAAGACGUGUUACAAAGCAGUUGGAGUCGGGCUGAAGUCACUUGGAUAUAUUUCUAUCAUAUUUUUGGUUGUUAUGGUAUUAAUGGAAUCCUUGUUAUUUGGGCUGUACUGGAAUUUCAAAAAGACUAAAGAACACUUGGACGAUUCAAAUACUUCUUCGUUGCUUCCAAAUGAUGCCGACGAUUUGGCGCCUUUUUAA